AUGGCCGUACUUGACAGUCUUCCUCACAUCAAGUCCCAGAUCUGGGUGGAUGGGAAACCACUUGAAGAAUAUGACGACGAUGAAGAUGAGGAAGUUACAAUUGAUGGGAAAUCCAGGGGUGGGUUGGUAUUGAAUGCACUAUUGAAGCCUAGAAAGACUGGCAUCCCUUACACUUCAAACAUCCGAGGCGUCGAGAUCUCGACUGCUGGGCAUGGUGGCCGUGGACUUUUGAAUAAAUUCAGAUUUGCCAAAAUUACUACUGACGAAUCGAGAACGAAAGAAGUCAAGUCGGACUCAGAACUCUUGAAGGGGGCUGGAUGCAUAAUUGUCACGAUCUUUCGAGGCAAACAACCUGAACCCUCAAUUGGCCACUCAGGACCUCCGCCGUCAGCUUUGACUGCGAAAGUCCAUGAAAAGGCUCUAAAAGGCGAAGCAAAAUCUCACACUACUUCAUUCUCGCCAUCUUUGGACAUACCUAGUCCAUCAUUUGUUCACGUAACAGAGAUGGAUGGCAAAGACUAUCCUAUCGCAAUAUUCAAAUACAAAUAUCGAUCAAGAGAAUCCCUAAAAGGGCUUUUGAUCCUUCCAAGAACGCCUUCUGCCUCACCGGAACCUGCUGCAAAUCUAGAGAAUCUCAAUCCGCAACAGAGGAAAAAGCUAGACAAUUUCCUCCGUGAUCUUACAGGGAACGCAGAUAGUAGCAUAAAACGUGAGCGGGAAGACGACGAUAAUGGCCAGAGCUCUAGGAGAAAGAGACGUUCCGGAGAGAAAGUCACUAUCGACCUUACUGAGGACUCUGACGACGAAGAAAUUGUUGCUUUGAAUUGA